AUGAAAGCUAUUGCAGCCAUCUUGCUGGUGCUGUGUCACUUGGCCGUUAGUCAUGGCUGGAACUGCGAUGAGGGUCCGCGGCUGUAUAAUGCUCGACAGAUUGAUGCUGGACAGGGAAAAGUAGUCGCACUAGACAGGAACAAUUAUCCAUAUUUCCUGAUUGGAUCAUCUUGGCAGCGACUGAGCUCAAUCAGAUUCAGACAUCUCUCAGUGGGACCUGCAGGACUUUGGGGAAGUAGCACAUCAAACAUCGUCUACAAAUACGUUGCUGGCAACUUUGUACAAUCCCGUGGUACAUCUAUGAAGCAGGUGGAUGCUGGAGGUGAUGAUCAACUUGUGGGAGUUACUACCUCCAACCAAGCCUACUGUCUGAGAUGUAGCUCAGCUUUGACCUACCGUGGAGUGGGCUCCCUGGGGUGGAGCUAUCUGUCAAGAAGGCUGAAGUACUACACCUGCAGCCCAAAGAACGGAUGCUGGGGAGUGGACACAAGUAACCGCGUCUACUUACGACAGACACUAAACUCUGUAAACUGUGGCGCCUCCGGCUGGACACAAGUGGCAGGGCAACGCAUGAGCAUGGUUGAAGUGGGGACUGACGGAAGGGUUUUUGGAUUGACCCCAGGCGGUGAUGUCUACCAAAGAGUUGUCAUCCACACUGGUCGCCCAUAUCCUGGCACAUCUUGGGUCCGUGUCCCAAUGUGCAUGAGAAUUCGUCACCUGAGCUACGACCUGAACAAUCUCUGGCUUGUUAGCAACUCUGGUUUGAUCCUGAAGUGCACAGGCAGAUACUAA